UUUCUUAAUCUUUAUAUUCAACUUCUUAGGUUUUUGUUAAGUGCUGAUGAAAAAGCAUAGAGUAAAAGCGUUUUGGUCCUUUUGGAUAUGGUGGUUGAGUAAGUUGAGAUAUUUGGGGUUUAUUUUCCAGCCUACCUAUAUCCAACUGUGGUGGGUUUAAAAAGAAAAGUUCCAAGCUUAUCGCAGCCUACCUAUAAUUUAUUCUUCUGAAAGUCUUCCAAUGGUGUAAGCCCAUGUUGUCCCAUCUGAAUCUGUUGGAGGGGAGUCAAAGACGCUAAAGAUAAUCACCAUUCAGUCAUUACAUGCCCCAAAUUUGCCACUCCUAAUAAUACAAAGUUACAAAUAUAGACUGCACGCAUCUGCUUGCAUUUCGCUCCAUAAGCCUCACCUCCUAAUAAUCAUUUCCCUCUUCUUUCCCUCCAUUCCUAUGUAAUUGCAUCCCACAAAGGGUUUCACAAAGGCAGCUUCAAACCCUUUGUGGGCAACGGCCGCACGGGUGGGGAGCAACCAGCACGUUGGUCUUCCCACAACUCCCCUCCACCACCACAUUAUUGAUAAUAUCCUGCCUUAAUUAGUCAAUUACCAUGUCUCAUCGUCCAUUCCAACUCUUAGAAAUUAACCUCAUCUCUGCCCAGGACCUGGCACCGGUUUCCAAGUCCAUGCGAACGUAUGCAGUGGUGUGGGUGCAUCCGGAGCGGAAGCUCACAACCAGGGUCGACCAGAGCGGCUACUUCAAUCCCACAUGGAAUGAAAAGUUUGUGUUCAGAGUCGACAAUGUCUUCCUUGAUGACAAGGAAUCCUCUAUCAUGGUUGAGAUCUAUGCUGUGGCAUGGCUCCGUGAUGUUCUGAUUGGCUCCGUCCGCGUCCUUAUUAGUAACCUCUUUGAUUCUGACCUUGGUUCCAACAUGCGUUUUACUGCCCUCCAGGUUAGACGUCCCUCUGGGAGACCCCAAGGGAUCAUCAACAUGGGUGUUGCCCUCCUCAACAGCACCAUGCGUAGCAUGCCUUUAUUCAACGAGCUAAGCUCCUCUGCUGUGGGAUUCAAUGACUCGAUGGAUGCGAAAACUCACAAUGUCAACGAUCAGGACAAUCACAAGCAGGUUAUUAGUCUACGCCGUGUACAAAGCGAUGUCACAGAUCGCACAACGGAUGAACAUCCAAAAAAACGUGGUAAUGGUGGCUCAAUCUGUUAUGGAGGAAAUGGUUCCAUUUGCAACAGUUCUGCUAUGAGCAUAUCAGAGAUUAUUACCAUCCGCAAGCAGAAAGAAAAAGAUGGAAGCAUGGUCAACGGCUCACUUUGUAACUCUGACGUGGGGCCGUCAGCUUCAGUGGUGGCUGCAGCAAUAGCGAAAGGGUUGUACAGGACUCCUCAGUCGCAGCAUGGCAAGGAGAACACAAUAUUGAAGAAUUGGACAGAGCAAGAGAGUGAAGAGGGUCUUAAAAUGAAGCUGGAGCGGUGGAGGACAGAGCUGCCUCCUGUAUACGACCACGACACUCAGAGGAUGUUGUCAAAGAGCAGGCAGAGGCGAGAGCGGAGAUCAGAUUCAGGGUUGUUUUCGUGUUUUGGUAACGUUUUUGGGUGUGAAAUAUCGAUCACUUGUGGAGGGAAUAGUAAGAGGAGGGUCAAUGAGGAUGGCAAAGUUUGUCACCUUAGUUCUGUGGAUGAAAAUUACAGUCAAUCCUUCAUUUGAGGAUGAAAAAUUUCUUGUUUAGAUUUUUUUUAGGUUAAUUUCCUUGAAAGAUUGUAUCAUGAAAAAUGAUUGAUAUUACAAUUUGUUUUUGGUUGCCAUGAAUGUGUAAUUUUGAGCAUAUACAUGGCCAAGCAGGUUGGGUAUAUAUAAUUCUCUUUUUAUUUGCUUUUGCU